GGGUCCUCGGCGGCCCGGUGGCUCUUUCCCCUGCUGCCGUCGCAGGCGAGGGCGGCUGUUGGGGCCGCUGCUGCUGGGGCGCGGCGGCGGCGGCGGCGGCGGCGGAGGAGGAGGGCGAGGCGGCGGGGAAGGAGGAGGCGGGCGCGGCGGCGGCGGAGGCGCCCGGGGCCGGCGGCGGCGGGGCGGAAGAUGGCGGACGUGCUCAGCGUCUUGCGACAGUACAACAUCCAGAAGAAGGAGAUUGUGGUGAAGGGAGACGAGGUGAUCUUCGGCGAGUUCUCCUGGCCCAAGAACGUGAAGACCAACUAUGUGGUUUGGGGGACUGGAAAAGAAGGCCAACCGAGAGAGUACUACACAUUGGAUUCCAUCUUAUUUUUACUUAAUAAUGUACACCUUUCUCAUCCUGUUUAUGUCCGACGUGCAGCUACUGAAAAUAUUCCUGUGGUUAGAAGACCUGACAGAAAAGAUCUACUUGGAUAUCUCAAUGGUGAAGCAUCAACAUCGGCAAGUAUAGAUAGAAGUGCUCCCCUAGAAAUAGGUCUUCAGCGAUCUACUCAAGUCAAACGAGCUGCAGAUGAAGUUUUAGCAGAAGCAAAGAAACCGCGAAUUGAGGAUGAAGAAUGUGUGCGCCUUGAUAAAGAGAGAUUGGCUGCUCGUUUGGAGGGUCACAAGGAAGGGAUUGUACAGACUGAACAGAUUAGGUCUUUGUCUGAAGCUAUGUCAGUGGAAAAAAUUGCUGCAAUCAAAGCCAAAAUUAUGGCUAAGAAAAGAUCUACUAUCAAGACUGAUCUAGAUGAUGAUAUCACUGCCCUUAAACAGAGGAGUUUUGUGGAUGCUGAAGUAGAUGUGACCCGAGAUAUUGUUAGCAGAGAGAGAGUAUGGAGGACACGAACAACUAUCUUACAGAGCACAGGAAAGAAUUUCUCCAAGAAUAUCUUUGCAAUUCUUCAAUCUGUAAAAGCCAGAGAAGAAGGACGUGCACCUGAACAGCGACCGGCCCCAAAUGCAGCACCUGUGGAUCCCACAUUGCGUACUAAACAGCCCAUCCCAGCUGCCUAUAACAGAUAUGACCAGGAAAGAUUCAAAGGAAAAGAAGAAACGGAAGGCUUCAAAAUUGACACUAUGGGCACCUACCAUGGUAUGACACUGAAAUCUGUAACGGAGGGCGCCUCUGCCCGGAAGACGCAGACCCCUGCAGCCCAGCCAGUGCCGAGACCAGUUUCUCAAGCAAGACCUCCCCCAAAUCAGAAGAAAGGAUCACGAACACCCAUUAUCAUAAUUCCCGCAGCUACCACCUCUUUAAUAACCAUGCUUAAUGCAAAAGACCUUCUACAGGACCUGAAAUUUGUCCCAUCAGAUGAAAAAAAGAAACAAGGUUGUCAACGAGAAAAUGAAACACUCAUACAGAGAAGAAAAGACCAGAUGCAGCCAGGGGGCACUGCACUUAGUGUCACAGUCCCUUACAGAGUAGUAGACCAGCCCCUUAAACUUAUGCCGCAAGACUGGGACCGGGUUGUAGCAGUUUUUGUGCAGGGUCCUGCAUGGCAGUUCAAAGGUUGGCCGUGGCUUUUGCCUGAUGGAUCACCAGUUGACAUAUUUGCUAAAAUUAAAGCCUUCCAUCUCAAGUAUGAUGAAGUUCGUCUGGAUCCCAACGUCCAGAAGUGGGAUGUAACCGUGUUAGAACUCAGCUAUCACAAACGUCAUUUGGACAGACCAGUUUUCUUACGGUUUUGGGAAACAUUAGACAGGUACAUGGUAAAGCAUAAAUCCCACUUAAGAUUCUGAGUUAUUUGGUUCCUCUAUUUCUGGAAAUCUGGAUUAAGAAGCAUGGAUAUACCUUGAUCUAAAGACUGAAACUCAAGCUUUAUGAAUUUAUCAGGAACUUACAAAUGAAGAAGGUCAUAGAUGGAUCUUUUAUAAGACCUUAUUUGAUUCUUUGUUCUUCAAAGGGGUGAUGCUUGUCAUCCAUAUAAGCAAACUUUUUGGCUUACAAUUAUUUUUUUAAUAUUAGCCUUCUAGUCUGUAAUGGAAAUUGUAUAUUUUGAUAGAAAUUUUUUCUCCAUUGGUUAAAUGAGCAUUACUUAAAAUUUGUUUCCUUAGAAAAUAAAUGCAGGUUAUAAAUGUGUGUAUAUUUAGAGGAUAUAAGGCUCUCUGAGCCUUACUUGCUUCUGAUUUUUCAUUGCUCUAUAAUUCCUUUUACUGAAAAUUCUGUGUUAUGAAUGGUAUUAAAUUUUAUUCUCUGGAACUUCCAAAACCAAGCAAAAGGAUGUGACUAUUUUGAGUGAAUCAAAAUGUCAACCUCUAUGUAUACUAUAUCUACACUUACUCUUUAUUUAAAAAGGAAUAAUGAAAAAUCAAGAACAAUUCUUCAAUUUUGGUUGAACUGUUCAGCCUUUUCAAGACUUCUUAUAAAUGAACACAUUUAAUGAAUGUACAUUCUUUUCACUGACUUUGGUGAUUUUAAAACUUAGAAUGAUAUAUUUCUAUCUGUGAUAUCUUUUCAUUCAAAAUCUCAAAACACAGAUUAAAAACAUAGUAGGCUGUAGUACUUUUUAUUUGGGAAGCCAGAGUAUGAUUUGGGGGAAGGAAUAUGUAUCAGCCCUGUUACAGUGUAACUUUAAGUUCCUUAUUUUUUCUCAUAAGUCCUCCUUUGAUUUCUUAUUUUAUAUGGUGUAGGAUUUUGAGUCUUCUAGUUCUAUAGGCUUGUAGAUCUUGGAGUUCUUUUCUUCCAUUAUCCCUAAAUAUUGAUAAACUCCCAGGCACCAAAGAACACAAUUGCUUAAUUAAGUGUCUGAACAGAAACAAGAUGAAAUCACUGGUAUUUUUAUGUGUGUAUUCAAUAUGGUAUGAAAUAUAAAGCCUAUAUUUUAACUUAGCAAAAUAUUUUACUAUUUCUCUACUUUAGAUAGAGUAUUGCAUCCAAGGUACAAUGAAUGACCAUUUUCCUUGAGUUUUGAUUUUCACCUUUUACUACUUAGAAGCAAUUGGGAAUCUUAACUCUUCUUAACUGUUAUUGCCAGUAGAAUUUUUGUUAAUCAUUCAGUCUUACCUCAUCUUUUUCUCUAUUUUUUCCCCAGUGAUUCUCUCUUAGGUUAACAUUUUUGGUAAACACUUAGCUCUUUUUUCAGCUGACAUUACCUAAACCUCUUUUUGAAAUUUAAUGCUAUCAUAAAAAUGAGAAGCAAUUAUUAUUUAUUUUUUAAGUCACCACAAAAAUCCAUACCAAUAGUAAAUAGAAAAGAUAUUUGUUCACAUGGAAUUCACAAGGCUCUUCAGAAGAAAACAGUUAACAUUUUAAAUUAGUAUAUUUUAGUAUAUUUAUAAGGUUUGAACAGAUUUUGCUCCCAUUUUUUCCUUUCUUUCCUGCAUCCCCUCUCCUUGAAGAUACAAGAAAAUUCAGACUUGUUCACAUUAGACUUUCUCAGCAUAUAAAUCUGUUUUCAAAAUAAAUUAUGUAUUGUGUAAACUUUCUCCAUGAUGAAAUUGUUAAGGACUAGAAUCUGUAAUAUUUUUAUGUAAGAUUACUUGUUAAGACUACUACAAGUGGACAUGAACUACCUUUCCAUAAAGAUUUUUGGUAUUUGUACUUAUAUAUGAAAUUUACUUGAUACAGAGUAUGGUUAAAAUUGGGAACAUCUACUUUGAAACAGGGUUUAUUUUUCUAUUUUGAAUUUGCCUUAUGUAUGUUUGAAAGCUUAUGGAGAUACUGUAUGGAACAUUAAGAAAAGUACAAAUAUGCUUUACCAUGUAUUUUAAAAUCAGACCCUUAUUAUGUACUUUUUGUUUGUUUGUUUGUUUUGGAUCGUUCAGUCCCUUAAGUCCAGGUAGUUAAUUUUAUAGCCAUUAAUUCUAAAAAUCAAAAACAGAAAACAAAAUUUUCAGCCAAUCACUAUUCAUUCUCCCAUGACUCAGUCCUAUAGCAACACCUAACACAGUGCCUUGCACAUAGUAGGCAUUCAGUGAAUACAUGCAUGAAUGAAUAAUGUAUUUUCAGGAUAACUGAUUUAUUACAAAAAAGUAGUUUGAUUAUACUUCGUUUUGGAGUUUGAGAAUACGGAAUUACAGGCAGUAAAGAGGCAUAAGUAGAUAUCUUAAUGGAAAUGAAGUGUACAUUAAUAACUUGACUUACCCAUAAGUUACUAUGAACUGGAGACACCCUUAUUUGCCCCACCUAUAAAGGAAAGCUCUAUUUAUUUAUUCAUAGGACACUCUUCUGAGUCAGGUAAGAAGCGUGUAGGUUUCAGUCAGUAGGUCUCAACCCAGACUACAUAUAGAAUCAUUUGGGAAGUUUUAAAAUAUAUUUAUGCCUGAAUCCUGAUUCUGAUUCUGAUUUAAUUUGGGAUGAGACCUCAUCAUCAGUAUUUUUUUCAGAGUUCUCCAGGUAAUUUUAAUGUUCAGGAAGGAUUCAGAAUCACUGGUUUGUUAUUGAAAACAAUACCCAGUAUUAAAUGUUGUUUCCUCCUCCUCCUCCUCUUCUUUUCUGUGUGUAUGUGUGUUUGGUUUUUUUUUUGUUUGGUUGAUUUUUUUUUUUUUUUUUUUUGGCUACCCUUUGCACUAGAUCAUCCCAAUUAUUGGUGAUACUGGCUUAUAUUCCCAUAUGACAAAUUCAGAUCUUAAUUAUUUAUUUAAUAUAGAAUGAGUAUUUUGCUGUUUAAUAUUUAAACAAUGUUUAAUAUAUUUCAUUAUUAACUAGUAUUGUAGUUUAUGAUUUGUUCCCCAUGUGUCCAUAUCCUUUACUAACUUUUUGUUUUUAGCAAUACAUCAGUAAUCCAUACAGCAACAACUAUUUCAUAAUGAGGAAAAUCUCAACUUUUAAGGUAGAAAGAAGUAAAGUAUUAAUUUCUUAUCUGCCAUGCAGAAUGAGACAAACACAAUUUGCUUAUGAAAGGAAAGAGGCAUACUUUUUCAUUAUCUACGCAGGAAACUGAAAGUAAACUAAUUCAUUUAAAUAAGAUUCAUUAUCUAAUAAACAUUGAAGGGAAUAUUUUUCCUAAAUAAAAAUUUUGUGACUCCUAACAAAAUUAAAUUGAUGACACUGUUCUUUUUUGGAGGGUGGGAGAGAACAUUUGUUGAACUCUAAUGUAGUAUAUAAAAUUCUUUGAGACUAGCCUUGUAUUUUGUAAUAUUACAAAUACAGCAGUUAAAAAAGCUGGUCAAAAUCAAUGACUUAGAAAGUGGCAUUAAACUUUGUGUUUUGAAAUUGCUUGUUUAAAUGCAAAAUUAUAACUAAGGCAGAUACUUUUUUAAUUUUAAUUUUUAAUUUUUUCAGAGAAGCUUAUUAAAGCCUUCGUAUACAUGUUUUUUAAACACAGAUUCUUAAUAAAGAAAUUGUUGGUCUUUCUGGUUGAAGCUCAUAUAGAAUCCUGAGAAGAAAUAAUUUAUAAAAUAAGAACUAUAGAAAUUUGUUCUCAACUGAAAAGUUGGCAGCUGCUGUUUUUCCAAAAAUAAGAGAAAAGACAAUAUGAAAAUUAAUUAUAUUAGUCUUAAUAUUACUUGACUGAAUUUCCACUAUUUAUUUACUUAUGUUUGAGAUUCACCUAGUUAUUCUAAUGAUAAUUUAUUAACUUUAAAAAUAAAAGGGGAAAAUGACAGAAUUCGACUUAAAUUAAGAAUUAGAGUAGGAACUUUGAAGUCCUGUAUAUUCUGGCACAUCCAUUGCGACAUUUGGAAGUGUAUUUGCCCCAGCACUGUUUCUGUGUAUGUUGGAAUAAUAACUAAGGAAAAAUUGAAAAUGUACAGUAGAUGUAUAAAGAAUUAUGUUUAGUAAAUACGUAAAAGGUAAUAAUACUUGCAGGUUAUUGAUCUGUUUGGGUUUGUGUGUAUUAUUUUAGGCAGUGUUUACAAAAGUAUCUUGGAAGUUAUAAAUAUGUGCCAUUUACUGAAAAGCAGUAAGCAUUUUUAUAUGUAUAAAGCUAAUGAAAUAAAACUAGUUUAAUUGCCAAAAUUUCAAAAGUGGGGUUAUACUAUGUCAAAUUUAAGCAAAUGAUCUAUCUCUCCAAGAAUUUUGUUUGCCGUUGAAUUCUGUUUCCCUCCACUUUGAAUUUACUAAAAGCUACUUAACCUCCAAGUUUGGUAACAGUGCUCAAUAAGUAAUGCAGUUCAUGUACAUUGAGUAGGCACUAUAAAUGAUUGUUUAACCACAAAUUGAUACUAUUGCUCAAACAGUGGUUCUUGAAUAGAGCUUAAGUUUUGGGAGCUGUGUGACCUGAUAAAAUGUUCUUCUCAUUCUGAUUCCGUUUUGGCGGAUUUUUAAAUCUUAGGUUAAUUGUAAAUAAAACAUUUUGUAGUGCUUUAUAUUUAAGAAUCUUAGGGACAUUUCCACCCUUUCCUUGUCCCCAACCAAAAAACUAUUCAUACCGAGAAGGCAGAAGCUGAAUUGUGGGCUGGAAUGUCAUCUUAACGCGAAGUGGACCUUGAGAUUUGUCAGGCAUAGUAUUCCUCAGUUUUGGGAAUAAAUAUAAGUUUUCACUUUGAAAACUAAUGAGUUAAAUCCAUUUACAGUCUCUGUUAAUAAGUUAAACCGUGGAGAAUCAUAGUUCAUAAAGGGUAGCAAAAGCUGCAUACUUGGCUGAACUUAAGUUUGAUUAUGCUCCAGUUUUCUAUGUUAUUAUUAUUGUAAUAGAAUUGAGUGUGUCCUAGUAAAUUAUUAUACAUUA